GGGGACGUUCAUCAAAAAGAGUGGGAGGACGAAGGAAGAUUUCUACAGCAAUGUCAAGAAGGAGAUAAAUAGCUUGAAGAAGUGCUAUGACCCCAACGAAGUAGAGAAAUGGAAUGAUGAGGAGUUGGCCUGGAUGUUCCUUGUGGAUGGCUGUGCAUUGUUGCAUUUCAUACUCCUUGAUAUGAUGGAUAAGUGGAAGGAAGUAGGGGGUAAGAAUGAUCUAGUCGCCUUUGCGAAACUUGAUUUAUUCUUACUUGAGAACCAACUGCCCUACAAACUCCUUGAGAUAUUGAUAGGCAUGUUCCCUGAAGUCCCAAGUGAAGAAGGAGGAGAAAAUUGUCAGAAGGAAUUGAAGGAUUCCGUCACCAAAUUCAUUGACAAGAGUUUCUUGAGUCCGGUCGAGCAGCAACUACAACACCCAAUUCAGGUUGACUCUCAUCAUCAGAUUCAUCCUCCUCAUCUUGAGCAACAAAAACAAGAAGAAGAAAAAGAGCCUGCUCAUCUUCUGGCACUGUUACGAAAAAGACUGAUAGGAACCAAAGCAAAAGAGAAGGGUAAAGAUAAAAAAAUGGACAUUCUCUGGGAGAAACUGAGGAAUUCGAAGUUGUGCUCUUAUGGUGCUAAAAGCAGACACUGGCACACAUUUCGCAACGUAAAGGAGUUGAAAGAAAAGGGUAUUCGUUUUAAAGCGAGUAAAGAGAGAGGUGCCAUCACAGACAUUGAUUUCGACGACCGUUUUUGCAUGCCAACCCUUACGCUUUCUCCCAUUUUGGUUGACGUUGCCACCAUGCCAAAGUUGCUGAACUUGAUAGCCUACGAGAUGUGUCCGGAUUUCAAAAACGAGUUCGAGAUCACCUCGUACGUGUCAUUUCUCGACAACUUGAUCGAUAGCAGGGAGGAUGUGAAAGAACUAAGAGAUGCAGGCGUGCUGCGCAACGAACUAGGAAGCGAUAAAGAUGUAGCAGUGCUGUUCAACAAGAUCAGCGACAAACUGGUGCCGAAUCUUGAGAUAUACCUUGAGUUGAAACGUCGUAUCCAAGAUCACUGCAACAUCAUAUGGGCCAGAGACGCUGCUAAAAUCUGCCACACCUAUUUCAGGAGUCCCUGGAGCUUCAUCGUCUUCCUCGGUGUCAUAGCUGGCCUUGUUAUGGCAGCUCUGCAAACUUAUAAUAGCUUCAAAGAGACACAUCGGCUCGAACACUGAACUUUAAUUAUUACUAUUUCUAGUUAGUCUGAUGCUAUUACAGUGUGUGUUUUCUUAGCUAAAAAAUACUUGUGAAUGCUCAUGUGUGUUGUCAACCAAGAAAAUAAAUGCGUUUUGGCAUAUUUGUAAAAAAUAAAUAUAAAUGAUAAUGUCUGUU